AUGCCGCUUUUCAAACAAGCACUCGCCAAUGCGUACUCCACAAAACUGGGCUGGGAAAUCGAUCCUGUCAUGGAAGUGAGUGUCCAUACCGGGGCUUCUGCGGCUUUGCUUAGUAUUGUGAUGGCUUUUGUGGAACCGGGUGAGGAGGUUAUUCUUUUGGAGCCGGUGUUUAGUGCGUAUGUUUGUUCUUUCAUUUCUUUGAUAGUCAAAAGAUUUGAGUUUGGCUUUGCUGAUGGGAGGAAAAGGUAUACAGCCUAUGUGAAAUUUGUGAAAGGGAUUCCUCGGUUCGUGGCAUUGCAUCCUCCAGCCGGAGCGGAGAAGGGGAAAUUGUAUGGGAAUGAGUGGGUGUUGGAUAUGAGUGAGCUGGAGGCUGCUAUCACGUCGAAGACUAAGUUAUUGGUAUGUUUAUUUACUUAUUUGUCCUGUCGUUAUAUAUAUAACUUCACUACUUAACUACCCCAAAAGAUCUUGAACAACCCGUAAGUCAAACCCAAUCAACCUCCCGGAAAUCAUGCUAAAGUUGACUCCUGAUAGUGAUAAACACAACCCCACAGGCAAAGUCUUCACCCCCUCAGAACUCCAUUCCAUAGGCGACCUCUGCGUCCGCAACUCCAUAAUCCUAGUCUCCGACGAAGUCUACAGCCACCUCGCCUACACACCAACCUUCACAUCCCUCGCGAGCAUUUCUCCCUCCAUCGCCGCUAGCACCAUAACCGUUGGUUCCAUCGGGAAACUAUUCAAUUGCACGGGCUGGAGACUCGGUCACGCCAUCGGACCGGCUUCACUUAUUCAUCCCGUUCAAGUGGCGCAUUACGUGCUUUGCUAUACGACUUCUGGGCCGCCGCAAAAGGCUGAGGUUGAGGGGUUUUUGGAAGCGGAUGGUGGGGUUUGGUGGGAGGUGGAUCGGAGGGAGGUGAGGGGGAUGGUUGAUGGCGUUUGUGGUGUUCUUGAUGGGCUGGGGAUUCCGGUGAGAAAGAAGUGAUUUUUUCGGUCGAGAUGAAGAAAUGUUCUGAUUUGUUGGUUCUGUAGUACGUUUAUCCUUCCGCUGCCUACUUUGUCCUGGCACACGUCGAUGGAAUCCCGAUUCCUGAGGGUUUUGUGUUUCCGCCGCAUAUUGCGGGUCUGUCUAGGGAUAUGAGGACUUGUUGGUUUUUGAUGAAUGAGAUUGGGGUCGCUACUAUACCUGGCACAAGUAAAUUUUAUUUUUAUUAA